AGAAAGGCCGUUGCUCGCCUACUACAAAUCCUCUGGGUUCCCCCGAAUUGCUCGCUCUGCUUGCCACUCGCAGCACAGAGCCCCAAGAGCGAUCCUCCCCCCCACCACCCGCUACAAAAGCACCUCGAAAUCCGUUCGCUUGCUGAACGGUUCCUGUCUGCAGCUGUCACGACGAUUGGUUUCUCCGUGACUACUCUCUCUCCAGGCAGAGUGCACUCCUCAUUUCGAUCCUUUGGAUUUCCUUCCACCGUAGUAGGGUUAGGAUCUCGAUCGGACUCGAAUUUGCGUUUGCCUUCCAGCAGCUUGCUUGCAUCAUCAAGGCAUUUAAUUGUUAAUAUUCUUUUUUUUGUUCUCGAGUUUCGUUUUCUGGUUUUCUGGUUCUUUCUCUUCUUUGCCCUUACGCCUUGACGAGUUUUUCGAAGAACUUUUCCGGCCUAUCUACAUAUCCCGGGUCCUCCCCUUCUCAUCAGUAUAGUUUUUUUUUUUUCCUCACUUCCGACACACAAGGGACAACCGAGAAAAUGCCAUACACACCACCGAGCCAGUCUCCGGCUACUUCGCCGGCCGCCAGUAGGUCAAGUUCGAUGUCGUUACAUGACGCAAGACCGCCGGCAACGACAAUGUCAAACACAGUCAUGAAAUCGAGCAAUCCUCCUCGUUCAGCAACAUACCUGUACAAGAAUCGACGAACUCCGACUACCUCUCCCUCAAUCAAUAACCAAUACCUUCCUCCAAGGCCGUUAGUACAGCAUAGGCACAGUGAUUCGGGUGGCAGCAUUCACAGACCGCCGGUCCCCGUAGAUAAUGGGAUGUCAAUGCCAACUGGUGCCAUCAUUUCGCCACCCGAUUCGUCGCAGAACUCAAGUGAUGAGGAAGAAGCAGCAAAGGGAAACGGAAACACUGCUGUUCGAGGUAGACGAAGGGAUUUGGGCAGUCUAGAGUUGCAACUCAAGGAGGCUAUCAAGAACAUUCCCCAACGGAGGGAACCUUCGCCGGAUUCAACAAACCCAAAAUCACCUUCACCAACAGAUCCCGAGAGUAAGGGUAGGAGAUUACAUUCACGGUCUGCUUCGGAAACGAUGUUGGCCUAUGCAAUCAAUGGUGGAAGUGGUAGUGGGAGCGAGGAUGAUGACGAAGGCUAUCGGAUAGCGCCACCAAUGGUACGUAAGAAGAGUGGAGAGGUUGUUAAAUCGUCCCUGAAGACACCCAAUCGGUCACGACCUUGCAGCAUGCCAUCUACCCCAACAUUUCCCAAGGCUGUUCACUUUGACUCACACAUCGAACACGUCCGACACUUUUUGCAUUCGGAAAAGCCAUCGGCGGUUAGUGCUGGAUCAUCACCAGUUGAGUCGUACGAUGGUGAGACCGAAUUCCCCUUCAGCGGUGAGGAUUCCUUCCGGUCCCGGGAACCACCUUUCGAAUGGGAGAUUUCAUUGCCAAACUUCCCCAAGGAUUCCGAUUCCAGGAAGCAUAUGCCUGUUAGGAUUGAGCGAGUUGUUCUGUCGACUGAUAAGAAGAAUUUGAUUGGUACCGUUGCUGUUUCCAAUAUUGCUUUCCAGAAGUCAGUGGUAGUCCGAUUCACUUUGGAUUACUGGGAAACUGUUUCAGAGGUAUCUGCGGAGUACAACAACGAUGUUAGGAAGAAGCAGAGAGAGGAGGGUGUUGAUCGAUUCAGUUUUAACAUCAAGUUGGUUGACCAGGCCAAUCUUGAGAAAAAGCUCUUGUUCUUCUGUGUUCGCUAUACCAGUGGUGGUCAGGAAUUCUGGGAUAACAAUAACGGCUUCAACUUCCAGGUCGAGUUCAAGAAGAAAGCUAAACCUCAAAAUGGCAAGAAUGGGGGGGCGAGACCGCUUCCACGAUCGUCCAAGCCUUCCUCUAGACCUCGCAUAUUGCCCAACAAUUUUGACGACGAGUUGGAGAGCUUCGAGGAUGCUGGGAUCUUUGAGAAACUCAAGAAUGCCGAACUUCCCGAGCCCAAGUCAUCGAAUCUUACCGAUACUACAGAGUCAUUGGCACGUCGAGCAAAUCCGUCCGGUAACGCUUUCGGUAACAGAUAUGACUUCAAUGCUUCCUUUGCCGCUAUUCAGGCGGCCGAAGCAUCCCCGGGAAAGAAGAUGAGAAGGAAGACUAUUAACUUUGAUGAUGUUGAUAGCCCUUACUUUAAGUCUGCUAGCCCCCCAAACCCAGCUCCCGAAGAACCUAAGGCACAAGUUGUUCCGGCUCUUAAGCCUUCUUUACCCACCUCCUCCCUUCCUAGAUCCUCAAGGAGCGUAGUCAAGGAUACCACAUCUCUUGACAGUCCUCCCGCUAGUGGUUCUGGGUCCCCAACAAGGGGUUACCCGCCAGCUCCAUUCGCUGGAGGCAAGCCUUCGAUUGAAUCUUCUUCUUACCGAGAAUUGCUUGACAACUACUGCUUCUUUGGGUCGUCAAAGGCUUCCCCUCAGCUCUCACAGGGUGCUGAGAUUCCUGAUAAGAUGCAUAAUCCGACAAACCUUAAUACAGCCCUCUAUUCAGGUGCUGUAUUCGCUACUGACGUGGGACCCGGGUCUCCACUGCCGGAAACGGCGAUCAGUCCACGAUAUGUAUCAUCACCUUCGCACAAUUCUCCGCCUAGUUCGCUGAAAUCGCCCGGCAAUGCCUCUCCUAUUCCAGCAAACUUUGCUGGAUAUCACCAUCACAGACGGGCUUCUGGUGCAUUCAAAUUUAGUGCCCAGACGCCGACGGCUAUCUGUUAAAUAUCCUUGACCGUUUAGGUCCCAGUGAUGCACUGGUCCAUAUAAGUUUCUACUUGGAUAGGGUUAUCACGGUUUUUCUUUUCUUUUUCUUUUUUCUUUUUGAAAGGUUCUUUGGAGGAACGAAUGGGGUGUAUAGCGGGCUGGAGGAGGCCAUUGGAAAGGAAGGAUCGAAGUUCGAGAAGUUAUCCUGAUACGGGAUAUUGGAAAGUUUAUGGCGGACAUGAGAUGAUUACGACUCAUGAGACUGUACACUCGCGAGGUGUACCUUCGCCCGGGCCCUCGCUUUGUCUUUCGUUUUUUGUCAAUUUUUUCCCCCUUGGUGUUGAUUGUUUGGCUUUUUUUUUUAUUCUCGCAUUGUUUUACUAUUGCUUUUGUUUGUUUUCCUUUUUUUCUCUCCCUUGCUAUACUCUUACGGUGGAGUAGUGGCUACUCCAGCGCAAGAAGAGGCGGUGUGUUCUUACUACACUAUAGUUUUCUAGCUCUGUUUUUUGCGGGUUCUUUGGGGUUCUCUUUUACGACUGCUUUUUGCGAUGUUUUCCCCUGCAUUUCAACAGGCAAGUCGGGUUUGUUACAGCGGGGGUAGUUGUAACUCCACUUCGAAAAAAAAAAAAAUUUCUUCCCUGAAAUUAUUAUAUUUCCUUCAUGGGAGGUUUUAUGUUUUAACUAUUAGAGCGUCCAUGCUUUUAUCUCCCUCUCGGGCUCUUGCUCUACGUUUUUUUUUUUGCAGAUUUUCAUGUUUUCAUCAUUUUUUCUUUUCGGGUUCGGGUUUCUCUUUCUCGUUCUCUCUCUAUUCUUCAUUCGACUGGUUGUGAUGGGAUGGGGAUUUCGGUGCGGGCUGGGAUGGGUUGGGAAGGGUGAGAUACGGCUUCUUGUCGGGAGCGAUGGGUUGGUGCGGUUUUUCAUGGUUUAAUGGACUCACUCCAUUUUUUUAUGGGCAUGCAUACAUACAGUCAACUGUAUUUUUCAGGCGUCACCAUCAGUCGUCAAGAGAAAAUGGCAGGAAAAAAAAUCGCGGAAGCAAAGGCAGAAGCGGGAAGAGAAAAAAAGAAACAAAUUCAUGAAAGUCACCAAACGAACCAAAAUCUUUGUAUUAUUGCAUUGUACACAUACUCGAGUAGCAUAUCAUUGGAAUUUUCUUAUUUAUUUUUAUCCGUUAA